GCUGGUUCAUUUUCAGCUCGUCCCCGUAGACUGUGGAACGGAUUAUACUCGCAGAGAGAGAGGGAGGGAGAUGCAUAGGCACUGUCUUAGCACACACUGAAUACCCUGCCUCCAAUCCUCUACACUGCACCGUGCACUCACUCCGCUCUCUUUCCUCCAUCACACACUACUGUGCAGACACAAACACACCACUGCCAUGUAGAAUCUCGGCCAGAAGGGGACACCAACCUGCCCGGGACCAGGAGCCAGAGAGACGCUGACCUACACACACGCCAGUAUCAUUUCUGGCUUGGAGCCCACAGAGCUGUCAGCCCCACAUACCCAGGGCCAAGAGGAGACAAGGGACAUGAACAGUACGGAGAACAUCAGGGAUAACGAGCAGAGACGGAAGUAGACUGCAGUCUCUGUCGAGAGAAGAGAAAGGAUUCCAUGAUCUCUGCAGGUGAUGCCGAGUUCCCACGAGAUUACCACACCCUGGCUGCCAGGGGCGGCCGUGGGGCACGGCGCUUCCAGGACAACAGCAAUGGGGGGUUCACGUCUUCCUCGCUGGACCGCCGGCACAACUCUGUGGCUGCUAAGAGCUUGGAGGCCCUGAACAGCAUGCACAAGGCGGACAUCGAACGGCAGCGAGACGCCCUGAUGGACCUCCAGAAGAACAAGUACACAAACAGUCCGGGCAGCUUGUCACAAGGCUCCGCUGCUGCUGGCCGACAGCAACAACCAAACUACUGGAGCUUCAAGAGCCGUACGCCCCGCGUGACCCGACUCAGCCCAACUCAACCGGCUCUCGCAGACCAGGCCAGCAGGGUUUCUUUUGCCUCAGCUGAAAAUCUGGAGACCAUGUCCGAACCCGACAUCCCCAUCGGCUUCAACCGGAUGAACCGGCUUCGCCAGAGUCUUCCACUGGCCCGCUCGUCUAGCCAGGCCAAACUGCGGGCACCAGGAAUCCUCUUCCUCCAGCUCGGGGAGGAAAUUCGCAGGGUGCACCUGACCCAUGAGCUGACCAGCCUGGACACCCUGAGGGCCCUCAUUGUUCACAUGUUCCCCCAGAGGCUCACCAUGGCCAUGCUCAGGUCCCCCAGCACAGCUCUACUAAUCAAGGAUGAGACCCGUAACGUCUUUUAUGAGCUGGAGGACCCACGGGAUGUCCAGGACCGCUGCGUAAUUAAAAUCUACUGCAAAGAGCCCAUCUACGGCACUUACCCUGGACACCACAAUCCCCACAUCGCCAACGGAGACUUGAGAAGGGAAAUGGUGCAUGCGCCCCAGGACUCUCCAUCAAACCGUCGCCUCGGUAACCCCGCCAUGUCCUCCCAGCAUUCGUCAUCCUCUGCUUCACCUCCUCAAGGCUCGCCGUCCCGUGCCCGUCUGCUAUACAGCUCCGGGAGGCCUUCGUCCUACGCGGGGCCGCCCCACCACACCCACUCCCUGCCUCACCCGCACUCCCAGUCCCACCACUCCUCCCCCCUCCAGCAGCCCCAGCUCCACCAGCCCCACCACACCCAGCCGGCCUUCUGUACCUCCUCCAGCGCCAUCCUGGAGCGCAGGGAUGUGAAGCCUGAUGAUGAGGUGGGCGGUUCCAGGAGCAUGGUGCUGCUGCGAGGAGAUGGAGGUGGGAUCUACGCAGACCCGUACGCGUUGGGCCCAGACACGAGUCGGCUGAGCCUUGCGGGAGGUCCUCACUCUCCUCUGCCUGCCCGAGCCGACCCCUACGCCUCCUUAUACCGCCGCGGGGGAGGACCAGGUCCAGGAUCAGUUCGGUCGCUCACCUCUUACUCUGCUGCAGCGUUACAGGGAGAGCUAAUGGAAAGCGGCGUUCUCUACAGGACCGGGGGGCCACUGUACAACGACGCCUACACUGCUUCCAUGCUGGCAAUGGGUCUGAGGGUUCCACCACCCUCUUCUCCUCAGAAGAUACCUGAUAUGAGGGAUUCCUACGGGGGGACUAUGUCCACUCGCGGUUCUCCAGGGAGGCAGAGUUUAAGAAGGGACUCCGUCACCUCCUCUGUGUUUGGCGACAGCCCCAAAGUCCGGGGCCAAGGUCCAGGGUUGGGUCUGACAGCAGAGCAGCUCUGCCUGAUUGGUGGAGGCGAUGGAGGAGGCAGCACUGGAGGCUUUGGGUCACCGCUGAUGGGGAAUGAGACUGAGACCAGGGAGCGAAUGGAGGCGAUGGAGAAGCAGAUAGCGAGCCUGACGGGGCUGCUGCAGAGAGUACUGACCAGAGCGCCUGAAGCUGAAAGUCCGGAGAAGCUCGAGUCGGCCAGUGACUGUUCAGGAAAUGACCCUGGACAAACUAAAAAAAAGAAAGCUCUCACACCAUCUGCUCCCCUGGCUCUGAUGCCACCUCCAUGUUCGGGGGCCAACCAGCCCGUAGCCGUGUCCCGUAUGCAGAUGCAGCUCCACCUCCAAGGCCUGCAGCAGAACACCAAUGCCCUGCGCAAGCAGCUGUCGCAGCUGCGCAACAUGCAGCUGGAGAACCAGGACUCCGUUCUGUCUCUACUGCGUCAGACUGAGUCUGAGCUGAGCCUCAUGAUGCUGGACGCCAUGCGACCCCAGGAGGACCCGCUCCAAAGACAGCGGCUCCUAGUGGAAGAGGAACGGCUGAAGUACUUGAACCAGGAGGAGCUGCUCAUCCAGCAACUGCACGACCUGGAGAAAUCUGUUGAGGAGCUGCAGAGGAACUCGUCUGUCAACCACGGCCUGGUGACGGAGCAAGAGGUGGAGCAGAAGAGCAAAGAGCUGAGGAUGUUGGGAGAAACUCUCGCUGAACUCAAAAACCAGUUCCCCAGCCUGCAGAGUAAGAUGCGAGUGGUACUGAGGGUGGAGGUGGAGGCUGUUAAGUUCCUAAAAGAGGAGCCUCAACGCCUGGAAGCUCUACUGAAACGCUGCAACACCAUGACUGAUGCUCUCAGCACACUUCGCAGGUAUUCACAUCAAAUGCUCCACUUGUUUUUUUUUAUCAGAUGGUUUCUUACUUUGAUGUUAAACCAGUUUGGCUCUUGCAACACAUUUCCGAAUAUGGAGCUUUUGUGCGUUUAAUUUGAAAGCAACCAA